AUGAUAAGUCUCAACCGAAAGCGGAACGGAAUUGAAAAUAUUGGAAAUACAGAUUUAAAAACACCCAUAUUAUACGUUUCGACUCGUGAAAAUGCUAGUUUAAGAUUAAUUAACGAUUAUCAUGAUAUGUAUGAGAAAGACUACAUGUUUAUUGCAUUACCUGAUGAAUCAUUAUUAGAUAUAAUGUUGCCUAAGACAUAUUCGCAAUUUGACUUUGAAAUUAAACCAAAUCCAUUAUUUUUAGGACAAUCUUAUAUAGAAGUGAACAUCAUCUCAUUAUUAACAGCUGACAUUUUAAUAGAAAAUCUUAAAAAUAAUUCAAAACCAUUGAAUGUUGAUAGUAAAGUUUGA